AUUUCAGCCAAAAUUUAUGCCAGUCUUUACACUGUUCACAAUGCAGCAACUUGCAGUGCAAUUUCCAGUGAAUCUUAUUGGCGCAUGUGGCGUAUGAAGCAACAACCUUAGAAGAGGUGUAACUAGCUGUGGGCCCUGGGAAGCAUGGGCGGCACCAUAUCAGGAUCAUAUCUGAUCAAGACCAAAGUGAAAUCCAGUAAGAAGAUGGCUAGCCAUUUCCUUACAAGAGAUCUGCUAGGUGCCUUUGGAAUAAAUUAAACUGGGGAGGGGCUGGCUGCUUUAGGCAGUCAAGUUGCUUCUCCCUAUAAAUUUAGUCCAGGUGCCUGGAUGAAGACCUUCUGAAUUUCUGUGAUCUACCCAUCCCACUGUCAGAUUCCUGAAUAAUGUUGUUAAACAAUUCAUCUGUGGUGAUCAGGGCUGGAGAGGGUGAUUUGGCACACUGCUUGGGAGAAAAAAAAAUCACUGGAUAGGGAACUUUGUAUCUGAGAACUGUGCUAUCCCAUGUGGAAAGGGCCCUUCAUCUCGUGAGUCGUCAUCUGAGUUUCAAGCUAUGGCUGUUGACAUGGAGCAAUAAUGAGGUCAGAAAAGCCAAUCCAGGAAGAGGGAGUUGUAUGAGGAAAUGAAACAGAAGAAAGGGGAAGAUGGGGUGGAGGAAAAAGAGCAACUCUAGGGGGGAAUGGUGAAAAGGCUGUGCAUCUUUAUGUAGAUUUUGAUUAGAUCUUAGAGAGAAUCUUCCUCAGAACUGUGAUCGCAACAUUCCUCUAGUUGCUCAGGAAAUAAUGAAAAGAAUGAUUCGUCAAUUUGCAAUUGAAUAUAUAUCCAGAAGUAAUCACGCUCAUGAAGCUCAGACUGGAUCAACUGAUGAAUCUAUUUCAGUCUCAAAUGAUCCACCUGCCAAGCAAACCCAGAGCUUUCACCAGGAGCAGGAAGGACCCCUCGACCUCACUGUGAAUAAAAGUCAUCAGAAAAGUUUUCAACAAGUAGAUGGAGUGCUCGAUCUAUCAACAAAGAAGAACAGCAUAAAUUCCACCAUAUCAACUGGAUCUAGUCCUGCCUCAACCACUAUCAAAUUAUCAGGUUUUAAGAAGGAAACUGAUGCAGGAGUGGUGUCCAACUCUACUGAGAAAACUGGUUGCAUAAAUCAUGGAACAUUAAAUGAAAUUUUAUCUACUUUAUGCCCUAAUCAUCGGAAACUUCUUACUACAAUGCUUAAGUGUCUAAUCCAAGAGAAAGACACUUCCAAUGUGCAAUACAGAGAUCAAAGAAUUGCAGAGUUUAAAAAUUCCUCAUCUGAGUUCAAUGAAAAUAAAAGUAGUGAGGGAUUAUGUAAUUGUAACAGAUUCAGAUGGUGUGAAAAUUGCACCUUGCGAACUGUACAGCAAGUUCCUUUUCCAUGGGUUUCUUGCUGCUUGAAAAACCUACAUUGUUUAUCAUGCAAAAAAGAUACUCAUGGCUAUCUCACAAUAAUAAGUAAUGGAGUUUGCAAACAGUGUAACAGAAGCAAUAUCUACAAGAUUUGUACUGGGUCUUAUAAACAUUUGUCUGGAUGCACUUAUGCUGAAGGAACUACCAUUCAAGCUUGCAGUGAGCCUCCAGAUGGAGAGACUUGCAACAUAGAAACAAUAGAGUCUUCAACCCUCCCAAGUAAUGUCACGGAUUAUAGUAAGCCACGAAGCCCAUCCCCUCCACCUUUAUCACCAGUAAGAACUGAUGAGUUUGAAAUUGAUGAAAUGUGCAAAACUGCUUCAGCUUUGGAUGCUAACAGUAUUGAACUUAUUAUUACUCACCCACCCUCUCUUUCACCAGAAGAGGAAAAUGAUUGUGACUCAGCAGUCUCAAGCCAAACUCCAGCGAAGCUAAAAUUUGCAGAAACAAUCGAGGAAAGAAAGGAUGAAUUUGUGGCAGCUAGUGAAAUUAGUAGAUCACCAGACUCUGAGAAUGAUCUGGAAAAAGGUGGAAAUUCUGCUUCGUUUCAGGAGGUAAUGGAACGAAUAAAUGAAAAAUUGAAAACAAUAGAAGCAACUGAUGAUGGCCAGAUUUUGGCCAAUCUUUUCAACAAUGACUCUUAUCAAGGCAGUAAUGGUAGUUUUAAGUUGAGAGAAAUUGCCACCACUUUACUACACAAAGCAAAGGUCAGUGAUUAUAGCCUAAUGGAAUUACUUAGACAGCAUGAGGAAAACAGAAUAAUUCAAACCCGUUUUCGGAAACGUCAAGAAACAUUAAUUGCUCUGCAUAACUCUCCAGAUUCUGCAUUAUCUCGACGUCAAACAGUGCAAAUAAAGAGAGACCUUGCAAAUUUUGACCAGCUUUUUUCAAGUAAGAAAUCACCUGAAAAAUUUGGAAAGCGGCUGGCAAAGAGCAGCAUUAGAGAUGCAAAUUCACUAGCCAGAGAAUAUUCAUCCAUUAGUGAAGAUUCGCAAAAUGCGAACAACAUAAAUAAACAUCCUAGUAGUUUGCCUGAUCAGUACAAAACUGAAGUUAAGAACUUAUCUGAAAAUAGUGUUUUGGGUGAAUCGAGAGAUGUGGUAGAAUGCUUAAAUUCAUCAGAGAGUUCAGACUUAGAUAUGUUAAACAUUCUUGAGGUAACUGAAAUGGAUGUCGAGACUCCCAGGGAUAGCACUGACAACUCAAUGGUUGGACCUGGUUGUACAGAUGUGCCUCUGGUCUUACAAAAUUCUGAGAAGAUAGAUUGUAGGUCAAAUAUUGGCAGGGCCAAACGAAAUAUUCUGCCUCCAGAAAGGUUUUCUAUAUACAUUACUGAGCCUAGAAAAAUGUUUUAUGCUGCUUGUUUUUCAGAAAAUCCCCAGCGUAAACCUAUUAAGACAAAAAAACCUGAUCUGGACUGUGCGAGUAACCCUUGUACGAUGUCUAACGCUGACAGCCCCAUGACGCAAGAGCUACUUAAUGGACAGGGCAAUAUAAUUGUGUAUGAAGUGACUGAAAGUUUAGAACUAUCAACUUCUAGUCAACCUGAACUUCUGAAAGGCAUAAAUAGCAUAAGCAAUGAAAAUCAUGGAAAUGAACCUAAUUUACCUGAGGUGGUACAUCAUGCAUCACAACAACCAAAUGAACUUGUGGAUCAAUGCAAUAAUGAAAAGCAAAAGACAACUACUGUGUUGAAUGCUGACCCAGUGGAAGCAGUUUGUUCCAUGGAAUGUAAUGGCCCUGCACAAUCUGAUAUUUGUAUUAACUUUUGCACUAAGGAUAAUUCCAAAUUUGUGGACAAGCAUGGAAUUUUGGAGAAUGCAGUUAACAAUUUACUGUCCAGUUCACCUCAAUCUGCAGCCACAAAUAUACUAGAGUCUAAAUCACUUGGCAGUGACUACCUAAGUGUAAUUUCUCCAUUGCAGCAAAAAGACUCUGCAGAGGAAUUUGGCAAGCCUGAUAAUCUACAGCAUGCAACAUGUGAAUGCUCAGUUCUUGAGAAUACUGGUUCUGUGAACAAAACUGGCCAUAUUUGUCCAAGUAGCUACAGCAGUCCCAUAAAACUAAUGUUUCUCUCUAAGAUAAGCAGUGAAAAAGGAAUUAAAUAUACACUGACAUCUGUAGACUCUUCUAAGCUCGAUACAACCAGCUGUAUUUCAAACCUUGAUCUUGAGAAUGUUUUCCUUAAGACACCAGAGGAAAGUAAUUUGUCAGCUGCUGAAAGUAGUAAUACGGCAGAAUAUUUUCAGAAUCCUUGUCCAAAAAAUGAUGAUAUAGUGGAAUGUUUCCCAAAUUCAGCAGCUGAAAGUGGUAAUGCAGCAGAAUGUUUGCAGAGUUGUUCAGAAAGUUCUUCAGCCUGUGAGGAAGUAAAUUGCAAUCUUGAAAUGGAUACCUAUAGUUGUAAUAGUUCUGCUUUUUAUUCAAAUAGUUAUAUAAGAAAUGCUGAAGUUGAAAUUACCGAUCAAGUAAUAGAAAUGUCAGUGACUUCAAAGGAAAUGGAUGAAUCUAUUCUAAAACGUAAACCUGGUCGUCCCAAAAAACUCGGGCCACCUGUGGAAAAACAGAUAAAAAGGCCAAAGGGCAGACCACCUAAACCUAAAGUAGAACUGUCAGAACCUGUUGAAUGUACAGCUGAAGCUCCAGAUAGUGAAAAAGACAGUACAGUACAUUUAUCUUCCACAGAUGAUAACCGCAAUAUUAGAAUUACUGUUGUCUAUGGAAGAUCAAGACGGUUCAAAAGAUUUGUGUCUGAGAAUGAUAAAAUUGUAGUUAAUGCUACUGAAAGUGAUUUAAAACAAACUUAUGAGAAACAAAUAGAAGAAAUGGUGCAGGAUCCUGCAGAGGGAUUUGACGAUAAACCUCCUAGUUCUGCAUCAUCUUUGAUCCAAGGUGAAAAUCAGUUUGAUUUAGUGAGACCCAUUAAAGAUAAAACUGUUUCACUUCAUACCAGUGGCAAUGCUAUUUGUCCAAGCAGUAAGUUGACUACUGUUAAAACCUUUAAUAGUGGACAGCGAAAGCCUGGGCGCCCUGCAAAAGUGAAAAUUUCAGGUAUAUCAGUAACUGUUGAUACAGUAUCACCUCAGGAAAGAAAAGUUAGUAUUAAUUGUGUGUUACCUCCAUUGGUCCAAGAGCCUUCACCUUCAAAUAAAUUAUUUGUAGAUGCAUCAACCAAAGAUGGUGAAUCAUCUGCAAGAAUCCAAAAUGAUUGUGAAACAAGUUCAAAGGAAAGCCUUGGUGACAAGAAAGCAAAAUCUGUCCUACCCUUGAGGCAAUCUGUGAGACUCAGAAAACCAUCUCUACACUUCCUGCAUUCCUUUGCAAGCUCCAGUUCGUUUUCUCAAAGUAGUGCUUUGGUACACAAAUCUCGGAAACUGCUUUUAAACAAAGCAGGGAAUGAACUUGCUAAAAUCAGAAAUUUGGAUGUUACUAUGGUAUCUGAAAACGCCAUCUCAAAUGUUACAUUAGGGAAUAAAAAAGAGGAAACUACAAAUGAAGUAGCUGAAUUUGGCUGUAGUUCGGAACUAUCAGCAGAUCCAAUUUUUUUACCGAACACUUCACUGAAAUGGUGGCACACCUCCACUUCAAAACAAACUUUGCAAGAGGAACUUGACAUGCAAUUUGAACAGGUAAACCGUGGUUGGCUUCCUGUUGAUCCUGCAGAAUUGAAUGCUUCUGACAAAAGAAAAUAUCCAAUUCAGUUAGAAAGAACAACCAAAUCUGUGGUGAUUGUGGGUGAUAAUAAGCAUGUUCAAGUUUCUCCAAUCCAAAUGUUGUUUCAAGAAAAUUGUAAUAUGGAUAAAAUUUGUACAUGGUUUAUGCAAACAACAGAAACUCAUUCCUUAUCUAUUGUAAGAAAAGAAAAUGCACGUGAUCCUAUUGAAGUUCUGAAUGCUCAAGGAAUUUUAACAGCAGGAAGUCAAGUUGAUGCUUGUCCAAGUCCUCAGGCAGAGCAUUUAAAAAAGCACCUUAAAAAAUUUGCACUAGAAUCUCCUGUAAGACUAAGAACGCACUUCACUCUGUCAAGCAGAAUGUCCAAUUUAAAAGUCUGUAAAGCCAGAAGAAAGCUUUUACGACUUUGUAAAUCACAAUAUUCAAGUCACAAAGAAUUGUCACACCAUCAUAGAGUUCAGUAUGAACAAUGGAAAUGUGUAAAUGGAAAUCCACAAUGCCAAAAUCUAAAACCAAACUCUACGAAAACAGUCAGCAACAAUAGCAAAAAAACUGAGCUUGAAAUCAAUAGCUUUCCACCUGAAGGAGAGCCAGUAUUACUGUCCAGUGGAAAGGAAAACGAAAACAAAGAUAAACUUAAACCUAGAAAUAGCAUCGAUGUUGGUUUAUCUGACUGUGCCACCAUACAGAACAUAAAUUCAACAAACUGUUCCAAAUGCAAACUAACUGAAAAAUUUGAAUCCAUAGCAAAACAUUCAGAACAAGAAGAAUCUUUUCUGGAAGGAAUGCAAACAAACACUUGCCAAAAUGUAAACUGGAAACUGGGGAAUUUUAAAGAGUGUAGAGUGUUUCUAAGGAAGAUAAACUCUCUGGAACACAGCCAUUUAAGAAAUUACAAUGUCUGGCAGCAGUCCAAAAAUAGAUCAUCUGAUACUAAAGGCGCAAGUAACCUUCAGAGGUACACUGAAGAAAAAAAUGAAUCAUGCAGUCAACUAAAUGUUCAUGAAGUUAAUGCAUUUGAAACGCAAAGCUUAAACUCUACAGGUCCUAAUUUAUGUGAACUGAAAGGAAAGAGAAAGCACAAAGAAAGGACAAGUAAUGAGAAUGGAUUAGACGGUUCGCCAUCUAAAAAAGUUCAGCACUUUUCUAGCAAGUGGUCAAAGCCCUGUCAAGUUGACAGCGAUCACUUCCCUUCAUUGAUUAGCAACAGUAAUCUAGUCAAUGAAAAUAAUUCACAAAAGGAAAAUGCAGACAUCAUGAGGAGUAAUGCUGGAAAAAGGAAAAGAUGCCAAGGUGUGAGCACAACUGCCGCGACAGUGAAGAGGUUGAGACGGUCGUCUGUUAAACAAAGACUACCAUAUAAUCAAUUACCAUUUCAAAUAGGUAAGGUUAAUCCAUUUUUCAAUAAUUCAGUGUUGCAGAAAGAUUAAAACCUCGGCCAUUCUCCCUCUGCUUUUUUGUUAUUUAUUG